AUGGCGCCUAUCAACCUUUCACACAGGCGGACGCACAAUUUACUCUUGAUCUCGAAACUCUUGAGCUUGCGUGACACUGCGUCGCCCCUCACACUUGUCUUGGAUUCUUUGGAGCAACCGGCUACGCCACUCCUGAAAGAAUACAUAAGGCGUGCAAAGCUGUCCAAAGUCCAUGUCACGCUCAUCGCUUUUGAAACCCUGAAGCAACCCGAUGGAGUCGAUGCCUUUGUAUCAACGCGCCGCAAGAGCCCCGCCGACAUAGUUAAAGAAGUGAGCGCGGUUUAUCAGCCCGUUGCAGCUUCCAACCCCUCACGCAGUAAGCAUUCUGCAUUUACCGUGCUAGUGGACUCAUACUUACUGCCUUUGACACUGGGUUCCACUUACCCUCCUUCCUUGGCUCGUUUAUUGCUCCCUACGUCGCCAUCGGCCAAGGUUGAUGCGUCACUCGUGGUGACAUAUCAUCAAGAUAUCCCCGAGCUUCCACAGCAAAGUCCCUACUCGCCAACACCUAUCUCUGAACUGACAUAUCUUGCUACGAGCAUUAUCACACUCCAUUCGUUCUCACACGUUCUAGCACAGAAGGCUGCUCGCGACCGCAGCCUGGCUCCUCCAGUCUUCGGGCUUGAGGAAGAGCAAGAAGGCGUUCUCCUUGGCCGAUUGGACAGAUUGGUCGGUACUGGCAAAGCCGAGGGAAUUGUGAUUGAGCUGGAGCACCGACGGAAGAGUGGUCGUGGUGUACUGGAAUGGUACCUUCUCCCGCCUGCGUGGCGGUAUUCGCCACAGCAUCCGAAAGAGAUUGUGACGUUGCUUGACGAUAAUGUUCUGUACAAUCCUCCCAUGGAGCAAGAUCCAGGCGCUGGCGAUGAGGAGCCGACGUCAACCUUUGAGCUGGGUCUCACCGACCGACAGAGGCGUGAAAGAGAAGGUGUUGUGUUGCCGUACUUCGACGCACAGCACAAUGAUGGCCCAGGCGAAGGAGGCCGAAUUCUUUACGACAUGGGAGAAGAAGACGAUUUUGACGAAGAAGAGGAUGAGAUUUAG